AUGCUACUAUUACCAUGGUCUCUCCUUUUAUUGGCACACACCAUUCUCGCCAGUCGCCCAGCGAAGCGAUUCUAUGACACGCACAACUAUUAUGUCCUUGAACACGAUCCCCACACUGGUAUUCCACUUUCUGAUGCUGCCAAAGCCCUUGGUGUGGAGGUCGUAGAGCAGGCUGGGGAGCUUGCAAACCACUGGCUUGUCAGAGUGGAGAAGCCACCACUCAAUGCGCGGGGCGAAGAAGAGUCGGAUUCUGUUCUCCAUGCAUAUAACGAGCUGCGAAGGGGAGCACAAAACCUGGACCGGCGGUCACCCCUUCUCGCCUCGACAAUCCCUUUCCUACAACGCCAAGUCCUUCGCCAGCCUGUCGCUGACCGCAUGGGCAUCCAGGACCCGCUCUUCACAAAACAAUGGCAUCUUGUCAAUGACGAGUUCCCUGAGCAUUCGAUGAACGUGACUGGCGUGUGGGAGAAGUUUGGAUUGACGGGCAAAGGCGUGAUUUCGAGUCUUGUCGACGAUGGACUCGACUACACUUCUGAGGACCUCAAGGACAACUUCGAUAGAUGGGACAGCUACGAUUACAACGACCACGAAGAGCUCCCAACCCCCAAACUCAGCGAUGAUCACCACGGCACGCGUUGUGCUGGUCAAGUCGCUGCGGUCAGGAAUACUGCUUGUGGAGUUGGUAUCGCCUAUAACUCCAAAGUCGCUGGAGUUCGCAUUCUUUCCGGCCCGAUAUCCGACGUUGACGAGGCUGCCUCGCUCAACUACGGCAUGAAGAACGUCUCAAUCUAUUCGUGCUCUUGGGGUCCACCUGACAACGGCAAAUCCAUGGAGGCCCCAGGGUAUCUCAUCAAGAAGGCCAUCGUAAACGCAAUAUAUAAUGGGCGGAACGGGUUGGGGGCAAUUUACGUUUUUGCGAGUGGAAACGGUGCUUCGCACGGCGAUCAUUGUAAUGCCGAUGGGUACACAAACUCCAUCUACUCGGUCACCGUCUCUGCCAUCGACUACAAAGGUCUUCGACCAUACUACUCUGAGCCUUGUGCUGCCAACAUGAUCGUCGCUUACAGCUCCGGGAGUGGUAAAUCCAUCUACACAACUGACAAAGGCGAAAACGCUUGUGCCAGCACUCACGGAGGGACAUCUGCUGCCGCCCCAAACGCGGUCGGGGUCUUUGCCCUUGCUCUCGAAGCGCGACCAGAUCUUACUUGGCGCGAUAUUCAAUAUCUGUGUGUUCUCACCGCCCGCCCAGUUAACAAGGACGACUCUGACUGGGAACCUACUGCUCUGCCCGGUCGAAUGUAUUCUUACAAAUACGGCUUUGGCGCUCUCGAUGCGUACGAAUACAUUAAGGCCGCUCAAACUUGGCAGCUUGUGAAACCACAGGUGUGGUUCCGGACCCCGACCGUCCAGGUUGAUCGCGGAGUUAUGCCCUCCUUGGAACAAUAUUCUGGUGGAAGAUUCAUCCCUCACGGCGGUUUGACGAGCGUGAUGAAAAUAACCCCCGCAAUGGUUAAAUGGGCGAAUCUGGAGAAGUUGGAGCACAUCAAUGUGAAGGUUUGGAUCAACCAUGGUAGACGAGGUGACGUGGAGGUCGACAUCCGGAGCCCCAGCGGAAUUCGUAGUGUGCUGGGAGCUAAACGAAGUGGCGAUAUGGCUACAACUGGAUAUCCUGGGUGGACUUUCAUGUCGGUCAAGCAUUGGGGUGAAGACCCAGUUGGAGAUUGGACCAUUAAAGUCUCUGAUCAGGGCUCAGACAAGUUCAAUGGCACAUUCCUAGGAUGGAAUAUGAUUCUCUGGGGAUCUGCUAUUGAUGCCUCAAAAGCCACGGCUCAGUUCGAGGUUCCACAUGACGACGAUGAUAUCGUUUUCCCACCUCAUGUAACGCCACGACCGAGCCCAACCAUGAGUGUUGCUACGACCACUAAGCAGCAUUCCAAACCCACUGCACAUCUGCCCGGUGAUCACGGGACCGCGCCAGGCGAAAACCCCAAUGCCGAUAACGCAGUCGUCGUUUCAUCCGGUGUCGCUGCUUCGGCCUCUGGAAAACCUACCGCACCCAGCACACCAACCGCAGACGAAGGCUGGUUCUCUGACAUGUCGAAUCUGGUCAAAAACCAGGCCUGGUUCUUCGGGGCCCUUGGGGCAGUCGUACUCUUUAGCGCUGGCGCCGCCUUCUUCUUCUGGCGCAGAUCACGUGCUCGGAGAAGGAGCGAGUAUGCAUCGCUUCCUGCGGGAGAUGAGCUGCCGAUGAGUGGGCUUGGUGGCCGGCUUUCUUCAGGUGGCGGGGCGGGGGCUCGGACAAAGGAGCUGUAUGAUGCUUUUGGGGAGGUGUCUGAUGACGACGAGGAUGAUGCCAACGAGGAGACAAGACUAAAUGCACGGUCUGGAUAUCAAGAUAUUCCUCGAGGGAAUAGCUCGAGACUGGAUCUGCACGACACCCAGUAUCGUGACGAGCCCGAGUCACAGCGAGGCAGUGGGGCAGCGAGCCCAGAGGCUGGCGCCAGUGAUGGCAGUUGGGAGCAUGCAACGACGUAA